UCUACACAUCCCGUAAUUAUCUGAUCAUGCAACAAUUGUCUAUUAGCAUAUACACAUCCCGUAAUUAUCUCAAGAAUCACUCACACUCACAGCCCGCACCAACUGAGCACAGCCGGAGGGCCAGAUGACGACGGCCAGCUUUCUCCGCCGCCUCCUCCGCAGAUCGCCGCCGGCGCCAGAGCAGAAAGGCAAAGAUCCCCUCGUAUGCAGGCCCCCCUUCCUCCCGCGCGCCUCCGUGGUAUGCACUUGCUUGCGCCGCCGCGGCCCUCCCCUCCUCGGUUUCUUCAUCGACCACGUCGGCGACAGCAUCACCUUCGAGCCAGCUCCGGGCGCGCCCUACCGCCUCCCCCGCGGACUCUUCUCCUUGGAGCUCGACGGCUGCUACAUGACCCUAGGAUGGCGCCACGGCCUCGGGCUCUUCUUCCACAAGAUCCGGUUCGAGGUCCUGGUGUGGGAUCCCGUCGCCGGCCACCAGCACCUCCUGGCCGUUCCCCCGGAUUUCGAGUUCCAGGGGGCCAAGGGUGAUAUCAGCGGGGCGGUGCUUCGCGCCGCCGGAGACGUCGGCCACUUCCGGGUGGUCUUGGUAGGCAGCAACGGGAAGCAGCCUAGGACAGGGCUCGCCUGCGUUUACUCGUCGGAGACCGGCGUGUGGGGUGACUGCGUCUCAACGCCGCUUCCAUCCGAGGGUUUGUUCAUUUUCAGGUCCAACCCCGCUGUGCUGGCAGGGGAUUGCCUUCACUGGUCGCUUACCAUGGCGGGUUCGAGAAGUAUCCUCAAGUUUGAUUUGAACAGGAAGAGCCUAGAUCUGAGGCUGCUGCCGGGGGAUUAUUAUACCCCGCUCAGUCCUGUCAAAUUCGCGGUUAUGCGAGCAGAGGGUGGUGAGAUGGGUUUCCUCUUCUUAUACGGCUUUAUCGCCCAAUUAUGGAGUCUGAAGCCCUACCGCGAUGGUGUCGAAAUAUGGACGCCAGGGAGAAGUAUUGAACUGGACAAGUUACUUGGGCUAAAUCCAGAGAAAGAUCCCCCACAGGUGAUAGGGUAUGCCGAGGAAAACAAUGUGGUGUUCUUCUGGACAGUUGUUGGUGUCUUCAUGGUCCAUCUCGAGUCAUGGCGGUUCAACAAGCUCUCUAAGACUAGCAUCCAUUCUUGGUACCAUCCAUUUGAAAUUGCCUAUACUCCAGGCAUUGCUGGUGGACACGAUGGAGCUAAAGUUGUGACUUGUGAGCCGUUGGUGGAUGACACGAUGGGCACGACGACACACAAAACAAUUGUUCAGUUAGAUAUGCUAUUGUGAUGUAUCGGUUGAGCAGGUCAGCGGCAUGAUGCUUGGAGUGUGCUUCUAGAGAGUUGGACUGGGAGAGACUUUGUACAGGACUUGUGAAGACUCAUUUGUAGGUGUUCUCACCAUGCAUCUUGGUUGUGUUACUAUAUAUGAUAUGGCUGUCAGACAUAUCAGUAUACCCAUGGAAGCGGUAGAUAUAUUGCACGGACAUAUGUGUUCUUAUGGCAGUGUUCAUCAUAUUUUCCAUAUGUAUCUACGGCUUGGUUGAACAGCGAAUUUGUAUGCAAACAUCUGGGAAUAUAUGUGGUGAUUAGUAGUACUAGUACUUUA